AUCAAAACGAAGUUAUUUAUAAACUCUCACACAUGUGUGUACGUUUACAACAGUGACAGCCGUUUCGUGUAGUUUCAAGAUGGAGAGAAAACAAUGUCGUGACUACUGCUCUUGCACAAUGGGGUUGUAAACACAACCUGGGUCGUCUGGAUGAUUCUGUUAGUUUUGCAAGAGGUCGACGAGAAACAGAAAAGUGUAAUGGCGAAAUCUGUGUUAAGUUCGGACACGCUGCCAAAGGCCGGUCGUGUAAACGAAGUAUGCCGUGAAUGGUUGGUACAUGAAGACGGAGCAUUGGCUUAUCGGCUUCAAGAUGAAGAAAUUAAGGAACAUUAUACCGGCAACAAAACGCGUAAUGCACAGGUGAGAGAAGAUGUGCCACGAGCCAAAGUUGAACAGGAAUUGGAAGCGCUAAGAUAUCAAACUUAUAUUCAACAGCAGGAAGAGAGAGAUGAGCUUGUCGCAAGGCAGAUUGCAUUUUCUUUAGAGCGAGAAGAGAAGCAGAAAGAGCGUGAAUUGCAAGAAAUGAUGAGAUUACAAUUAAGAUUGGGAGAUGAAGCUAUGCAGCAAGAAUUUGAAAGACGUAUGCAAGAAGAAAAAGAUGAGGAACUGGCAAAAAAGCUACAAAAAGAAGAAGAAAAUCACGACGAUCCGGAAGAUGAGCAAUUUAUGUUGGAUCAAAAAUUAGCGAUGGAGGCGCAAGAUGCUGAAUUGGCACGAAUGCUUCAGGAUAAGGAGCGUGCAAAGGCUCGUAAAGCGCGAGAAAGGGCGAAACAAAAGAAACUAGAACGGGAACGUCUGCAACAACAGCAACAACAGGCUGAUGAACAGGAUCUCACAGAACGACCUCAAAGACCAGACAGACUGGACUUGAAGACCUUGUCAAACAAGAAUCGAACCCGUUAUCCUGCCAAUUAUUCUCAUUAUUCGGAUCCUGAGGAAAUCCAUACGUUAGACAGCCCCGACAAUGUGCGAGAAGUGACAAAUGUUGCAGCCAUUAUCGAUCCUACUUACAGUGUGCAUAGAGGUACUUUUUCGAGCAGCUCGAGCAGCACAAUAAGCCCCACUUAUGUUUUACCGACGCCACCACAAGAGCUAAUGGCAGAUGAUAUACCGUGUUACAUGCCGAUUCAAGGCCAGCGACGAAAUCAAGCUCAAUCACCGUCUAAUGUGCAAGAGGAGAAGCACAAGCGGCGAGUUAAAGAUGGAUGUAAGCAUCAGUAAAAAACAUAAAGCUGAGAGAGAUUAAUAUUUUUUAUAAAAAUUUUUUUUUUAUUGUCAUCAAACGAUGACAUAAAUUAACAAGCAGUAUUCAUUUCUAAGA